AUGUCUACUCCCAACCGCUGCCUCGUCCGAGGCUCAAUCAGUGAGUCUCCUGCCAUUCUUCACAACCGAGCUCACCAGACGGUUUCAGAUAUCGACGAAUUCUUCCACCUCCCCCAUAUCGUUCGUCCCGGGGAGACCAUUUCCUCCACAAAACUCACAAAACGUGCCGGGGGCAAGGGUGCCAAUCAAGCUUUCGCCGUCGCCCGUGCAGCUGGGCAGGUCGACCUUGACGGGGCCAUCGGCCAGGACGGCGUCUGGGUGCAGGACUUGCUGGCGAGUGCAGGCGUUGGGGUCAAGAGGCUCUUGACUGUGGAUGACGAAGUCACUGGGAGAGCUGUCAUUCAGAGUUCUCAAGAUGGAGAGAAUUCCAUUGUGCUCCAUGCCGGUGCCAACUAUCACGUCCCCGCUACCAACGCCCCUCCCUCUAUCUCUGGUUACACGCAUCUUCUCCUCCAGAACGAAAUUCCUCUCGCCUCUACCCUCUCCUACCUCUCUUCUGCCGGUCAAUCAUCCCCCCCUGUCAUUACCGUAUUCAAUCCGUCGCCCAUGCUCUCUCCCCAGCAGCUCCGAGAAUUUCCUUGGAAGUAUCUCUCGUGGCUUAUCGUGAAUGAGGGCGAAUUAGGCGACCUCUUGCUCGCUUUCGGGUCAACCGCGAAUCCUGGGACUGCUAGUGAAGAUGAGCUUCGCGAAAAGGCAUCAGCGGGCAUCCUCGAGCUGGCAGCGAACGAAUACUUUUCGCCCAGCGUGGGCAUUAUCUGUACCCUGGGAGCCAAGGGCAUUCUCUACUACCAGCCUGGACAGAAAGUCGGAUAUUACCCAGCGGCCAAGCUCCAGUACCCUGUAAAGGACACGACUGGUGCCGGUGACUGUUUUGCCGGGUACUUUGUGGCCGGGUUGAUGAGUGGCCAGUCGUUGGAGGAAGUCUUGCAGAGUUGCUUGACUGCAUGUGCCAUCUGUGUCGAGAGUGAGGGAGCGAUGGAGAGUGUGCCGACUCGUGAGGCUGUCGCCAAACGUCUAUAG